CGCCAUUUCAAUAUACUGUUGAUAUGGAAGAAGAACGAUUAUGUAAAAGUCAUUGUUGUGUAUAUAAAUGUAUAUAUAACAUUGCAACCAAAUUAAAUAAACGAGCCGGAAAAUUUGAUUGUAAUCCGCGAUGGUUAAAACGAAUUUAAUUAACUUCAACAAAACAUGCGACAUUGCUGGCUACACAGUCCUGUUACCCAGCAUUGGUGUGGGAAAUGUCGCUCAACUUUCAGUCGACCUGCUGAUAUCAACACUUCAAAUGGAAAAGGUGGCAACAGUUUGGCACAGCAGCAUCGUUCCAAUAAUAGGACCAAAAGCGUUCCAGCAUGACACCAGCAACAUAACAACAUCCUGUGAGCUGUACGUGUCAAAUGCGAAAAAAAUCGCCGCAUUUCAGCUUCGUUCGCCACUUGUUGCUGCCACAAUGAACGAAUUUUUCAACGAAUUGAUUGACUUCCUAAAGUCGCGAAAAAUCGCCAAAUUGAUCUUAUUGACCAGUAGUUAUGCGUAUGAACAACAUUUCGUCGGAGCAAAUCCGUUUGCAGUAAUCGUGGACGAUGCAUUCAGGGGAGUCGAGACGGAUGCUAUCCAGCGCAUGAAGUGGAACGAAUUUCAAGGGGACAUCAUACACGGUGGAGGAUAUGUGAAGCAGUUGAUGUCGGUGGCGAGUCGCAACGGCAUUCCAACGUUAACACUGUUCAAAUAUGUGUCGGAGGGGGAUAAUUCAGCCGAUGCGGUUACAUUAUUGGAGGAGUUAAACGCUGGUUUUAACAUUAUUGAGCGAACUGGCGAGGGAAAACUAAACAUUAUCUUCCCGGUGUCAUGGAAAUCGUUAUUCGGAAAUCCUAUACCCGAACAAUUGUAUUAAUGGAGUGGCUUGUUGGACUCAUAAUAGAAACAUUUGUGAUCAAAGUU